UGCGCCCAUGCACUCUCUCCUGCGCUCACACAGACGCGCGCGCAUGCACGCGGAUAGGAGGGAAGAGGAGAGCAGAGAGUGGGCUCUCCGCAAGCCACGCAGAGAAGCUUUGCCCCGGUUAGGAUGGCUGCGGGCUGACAGAGCCAGGAAAUUAGAGGAGGUCGGAUAAAUAAGGAAAAGAAGAAGAAAAAAAAAACAACUCAAAGUGUUGAAUCGUUUUCUGUGUUCUGAAGCUGUCGCGCGCGUUGCGCGCUAUACAGGAUAACCAGAAUGGCUUCCUGGAAUAACGUCUACUCUUAGGAUAACUACCCAGAAGUUGGCAUCCAUUUGAAAAGCAGAUCAGCAUCUGGAAAAUUCCAUAAUGUAAAUAAAUCUUGGCCUUUUUUUUCGGACUCCUGGCUUUGGACCAUGAACCUUAGAGAAUCCCCUUGGAAGUUAAUUUCCUUAGUUUGGAUUUAAAUCAUUUUUUCUGGACCACUGCAGCAGUGGCUGUUGGAGGCUGCUGGCUCGGCAGGGGUGGGAGGACCUUGCAGCCUUGGAAUAAAGGGAUACAGUUAGAAAGCUCAACACCACCAUGAGGAUACCCACCACCUCUUGCCUCUGUCCCUUCUUGGUUUGCCUCUGUUUCAUUCAGAGGUGCUCUGGAGCAGGCCACCACAUCCCUACAAAAGUGCCCUCCAAGAACCAGACCAAACUGGCCAAUGGGGAGACAGAGGUGCACCACAGACCCAAGCGAGGCUGGAUUUGGAACCAAUUCUUUGUUUUAGAAGAACACAUAGGACCAGAUGCACAGUAUGUAGGAAAGCUUCACUCCAACUCAGAUAAAGGUGACGGAUCCGUCAGGUAUAUUCUGAGUGGAGAGGGAGCAGGGUCUAUAUUUAUCAUCGACGAGGUGACGGGUGAUAUUCAUGCAACCAAGAGCUUGGAUCGGGAGAGGAAAGCACAUUAUGUCCUGCAUGCACAAGCCUUGGACCGCAACACGGAAGAGGCCCUGGAACCAAUGUCGGAAUUCAUAAUCAAAGUGCAAGACAUCAACGACAAUGCACCUCAAUUUCCAGAUGGACCCUUUGUAGCUGAGGUGCCCGAGAUGUCUGAAGUGGGUACCUCCGUGUUGCAAGUCACAGCGACAGAUGCUGACGACCCCACCUAUGGAAACAGUGCAAGGAUAGUCUACAGUAUUUUACAAGGACAACCGUAUUUCUCUGUGGACCCCAAAACAGGAAUCAUCAGAACUGCCUUAGCAGACAUGGACCGAGAAGCCAGAGAACACUACACUGUUGUGAUUCAAGCCAAAGACAUGGCAGGCCAAGUUGGAGGGCUCUCUGGCUCCACCACCAUCAAUGUCACCCUUACAGAUGUCAAUGACAACCCGCCUAAGUUUCCCCAAAAAAAUUACCAGCUGUACGUCCCCGAAUCUGCUCAAGUUGGGAAACCAGUAGGGAAGAUCAAAGCCAAUGAUGAUGACCUCGGCGUUAAUGCAGACAUUAAGUACAGCAUCAUCAACUCAGAGGGGGCCAAUAUGUUCUCCAUAUCCACGGAUAAAGACACAAAAGAGGGAAUCAUCAGUCUGAAAAAGCCUCUGAACUAUGAAAGAAAGAAGACCUACACGCUACACAUUGAAGGAAUGAAUACACAUGUGGACCCACGGUUUUCCUACCUUGGAGCUUUCAAAGACACUGCUACCCUUAAGAUUACAGUUGGGGAUGUGGACGAAGCCCCCGUGUUUUCUAUGGAUUAUUAUAUUUUGGAUGUUUAUGAGAACUCCCCAAGUGGCACAGAAGUGGGCUCCGUGACAGCUCGAGAUCCUGACAGCAGAGGCAGUCCUGUGAGAUAUUAUCUGGACAGCAAAGAGGAUGGUGUGCGAUACUUCCGUAUCGAUGAAAGCAGUGGGGUCAUACGUACAACACAACCUCUGGAUAGAGAAGCUAUACCGUGGCACAAUAUCACAGUAAUGGCCUCGGAGGUUGACAACCCCAGUCUGCUCAGGCACGUUUCUGUCACCGUGCAGGUGCUGGACAUGAACGACAAUCCACCAGAAAUAGCCACCAACAAGGAAGUGAUUGUGUGCGAAAGCUCAAAGCCCGGCCAGGAGAUCCAGACCAUCACAGCUGUGGAUAAGGAUGACUUUGCUAAUGGACAGAGGUUCUAUUUUGCUUUGCCAGACCAACUUCCACUUAAUCCUAACUUUACCCUGAAGGAUAAUGAAGACAGCUCAGCUAGCAUCAUUUCAAGACGGAGGCGGUUUAAUCAUCUGACCCAGGAGUUCUAUGAGCUUCCAAUCGUGGUGUGGGACGGUGGGGAGCCAUCGCUGAGUGGCACCAGUACCUUGACCCUGCGGGUGUGCCCUUGCCAGCGCUAUGGCAAGAUCAGGAUCUGCCAAGGAGAGGCGCCGCUACCCUACGCGGGUCUCAGCACGGGGGCUCUUAUUGCCAUCCUGCUGUGCAUCGUCAUCUUGCUUGCAAUCGUAGUUCUCUUUGUGACACUGAAGCGCAGCAAGAAGGAACCCCUUAUCAUUGCAGAAGAGGAUAUUAGGGAGAAUGUGGUGACCUAUGAUGAUGAGGGUGGAGGAGAGGAGGAUACCGAAGCCUUUGACAUCAUUGCUUUGAGAAAUCCAGAAGCUGCCGAGGAGCUCAAGUUUCGACGGGACAUUCGCCCAGAUGCAAGGAAUCAUUGUGGCAUUCCCCACGUCCGCAGGAGCCCAUCAGUUGAGCUGGACGAGGUGGAUGUGCAUGAAUUUAUCAAGCAGAGACUAGUGGAGGCCGACAUGGACACCAGCGUGCCACCCUAUGAUUCCCUCCAGACCUAUGCUUAUGAGGGGCAGGGCUCAUCAACAGGAUCCAUAAGUCCAUUGGACUCUGCCGGUGCACAGUCCGAGCAGGAAUAUACCUACCUGGAAGACUGGGGACCUGAGUUCCAGAGACUAGCAGAACUCUAUGAAGAGGCAGAGUCUGAUGUGACCACUUAGUCUGUGAUUUCACUCUUCUUCAAACCAAAUCUGUUUCAGUCCCUUUCUUUUCAGAUUUCAAAGAAUAAAAUGAACACAGACAGUCUCAGUGAUCCUCAACUCUUAUUGGUGAACUAAGGCGACUGCUUUCUUUUUGUUUGUCAGUUUGUUUGUUUGUUUGUUUUCAUUUUGUCACACUGAAUCAUGGUUUAUUUGUCUGGAAUUGUCAAAUUUUAAAACUGAGAGAAGAUAAAAUAUGAGGAAAAAGGAAAAUUUGGAUAUUUUCCUUGGUGUAUAUUUUUUAUUGCUCAAUAAA